AUGGAUGAAGCUUCGAGUUCACAGCGGUCUGACUCUCCUCAGUUGUCGGUGGGUGACGGGGGCAGUGUCACCAAGAAGAGGGUUGGCAGGCCCAGUCUUGGAUUGAGUAAUCGGGAGAAGGCUGACAAGAGGAACGACCGAUCCAAGGAAACAAAGAAGAUGUCGAAGGCUGAGAUUGAUAGGGACAUUUUCAAGGGCCGUCACGGUUUCAUGGUUUCCGAUCCAAUCAAACCGUUGAAGUUGGUGGCUGAGGACAAAGAUUCCGCGGAGCAGUCAGAAGUGACGAAGCUGUACAAUUUCUACAGCGAAAAGGCUGGUCACCGUCAUUGUUUUCUGGAAUUGACUUCGUUCCACGAGCCUGACUACAAUAGUCACUUCUCCAACAAAUACAAUACAGUUCACUUGAAAGUCGACGACAAGUGCUGUUCUGCUAUGGUGGAUGUGGUUCGGGGCAAGCAUUUGACCCCCUUUUUCUCCUUUGAUGAAGUCUCGAAGAACGAAGACUCGAUUGAAGUCCCGGAUCCGAACUACGUGGUAAUGUCGAUGUUCCACUCAAUGGUGAAGGGACUGAGGACCCCCAAGCUCAUUGAGGAGCUCAGGAAGGAGGGAGACGAGGCCUGGUGUGAGGAAUGGUACCCGGACAUUCGUGUAUUGACACAAGACAGUCUUAUGAAGGCUUUGCUCGCCGAUCCAAAAAGGUUGAUUCAGUUCCUUGCCGCCAAUCUGGAUACCUAUACGGACACCCAUGACGUGCGCCUCUUUGAGCCGGGUUACAUGGAUCGUCCUGAACCCCUGAUUGGUCUAUACAGGCAGUUCCUUUCCGAGCUCGUUGCUCAUGACGUGAAAGUGUACCCACCGAAUAGGGUGGCGUGUAUGCUAAAUGACAAGCCUCGACGUGACACGAUGUUUAUCGAGCAUGUUUUGCCCCACAAGUACAUCAUCUUGCCCCAGAAGACUUUUGAUUGGGGUGAAAAUCUGAAAUGGACGGAGGAAAACCGGAUUCUCAAUGGACGUAGGCGAAUCGAGAGGUUGGCCAAUGGGUAUUAUGUCAAGCCGGGUGAUGCCUGUGCUGGGAUUUCAGUUUUGUGGAUACGGGAAGUAUUCACGCCAACUGGUGAGCCAACGAAUUCGGCUAUUGCUUCCGAUCUCUCUGGAAACGUAUUUGACAGUCCCAAGCAAUGGUUUGAUGGUCUCGCAGUGAAGAGUCGGGAUUGGUGCUUCCAGGUGGCUGAUCCCUCUCUACGUGGGAAAGAAUCAAGGGUUUUCUUUCAGAUUGGACCGCUUGGGCACAAUCAGCCCAUUUGUAUGCUGAACACAAGUUACCCAACCAAGGCAUACCGUCACAAGGGUGUUUUGAUCGAGCCCGGUUCCAUUGCCUGGCAGUCCUUUGUCGGCCUGCCCAAGGGAAAACAUCGUGAUGAGAAUCUGACACUGACCAAGUUGUAUUCCUUGUGUAAACAGCCUGAGUACCACGGGACAGAGCCUGAUGAUUGGAAAUUUUUUGUGGAGAGAUGUUCCAAAGGGAAUGUAUUCAAGACUUUUCGGAAUGUUCUUAAGACCAAUGGUCGCUAUGAAUAUGCUUUCUUGAUCUACCGUUUUGACAUCUUUGAGACGGAUUACAGGACUGGUUAUGUCCCGCCUAAGGGGAAGAAGAAAACGUCGGAGAAAGAAAUUUUGAUCAAUGAAGUCCAUGUUUGA